GUCAACAAACAAAGGCACGCUGGCUUGCGCUGUUGUCAGGCAGGCAGGGAGACGGGCAUUUAAACAAACGACGUAGUUGAAGGGUGCAGGUGCGGAAUGCCGUUCAUCUCCAAGGACUGGCGCUCUCCGGGCGAAACCUGGGUCAAAACGCACGAGGGAUGGGAGAAGAAGAAAAUCCUUGAGUGCACCAGCCCCGCGCCAGCCAAAAAGCUCACCUGCAGAGAGGCUGAAAAAGAAAACUGCCGUCCAGAUGUGGUGGCCAUACACCACUGCAGCCCCAAACACACCCCUCAUGCCCCCAACCCGUCCCCCGGAUCUUCACUGGCUCUCUGCUCUUCCCAAGAAAACGACAACGGCCUCCAACCUCAUUUCCAAAUCACUAUCAAAUGCACCAAAGAGAUUGCUGGAUUUAAUGGCCUCUCUGACUCGAUCCAGCGUCUGGACUUUGUGAGUGCCGUGCAUGAUACUCGACGCUUCCAUUAUGUUUGCAAAGUGCUUGAGGAGCUUUUGAACCACAGACUGGCCUCCCUCUCUGGUUGUGCGCGAAGAGUUCUCUUCGCAAUGUUGGAAGAAGUCGCUCGACAAGUUGCUGCCAGUCAAACCAAUAUGCACGUCCUGCAAGCUCUGUUGGCUCAGCUGCAAGAAGUCACCCGCCUUGCUUGCUGGGGCCACCCUUUGGGCAGCACCACUCUUUGGGACAAUCAUCUCACAGCUAUUCAACGGAUCCUCAAUAUCGCCAAUAAUAUUGAAAUUAAGAAGCCUGAAGAGGAUCAAGAACCCCAACUGCAUCAGAUGCCUGAAGAGUGUGUUAGGGAAAUAAUGCUACGUCUUUCCGACCACAAAGACCUAAGCCGGGCUGGAGAAGCUUGGAAUGUGAUGCAAAGGGUCAUCGACGAGCAGCGAAUCUGGAAGCAGCUCUGCAGCUAUCACUUCAAACCCCACCAAAUCAACAAGCUGGUCGAGGAGUCCGAGCAGACCGAGCCAGAUUAUCAAGCAAUUUACCACAAACUAAGAAAAGUUCACGGCCUAAAAGAGGAGUUUACGGAAACCCUGACUUUGUGCCGCAACUGCAGAUGCCUCUUUUGGCAGUCCCUCGGCCAUCCCUGCAUUGUCGAAAGGGACCUGCCUGAGGUCAUCCAGCGCUGUACUGAUAACGUCCUGGUGCCCAUUCCUCCGAAGGUCUUCCUCUCAUUUUUCUCACUGUAAAUAUCAGGGGCCUGCAGCAAUCAGAUAUAAAUUACUCCACUCUCUUGAAAGUAUUGUGAUGUCCCUUGCAAGUACUGCUAAAAGUUAAGGGGCAGUUGCAUUUUGUUCUGUUUUUCAGAGCUAUUACUGUGAGAUUCCUUUAUAAUGUUUGGCUCGGUGAGCUGAAGUAGUUUUAAAACGGCACGAGAUGAGAUAUUUUGUCUAACUAGUCGUGAAAGCAGGUACGGAGUAUAAAUUUUGUAUUGGAUCAAGUUAUAGCAUGCUCGAAUUUCGUACUCGUCUGACAUUAUUGAUCACACUUAACUUUCCAAUGUAAGUUAUGUUACUAAUUUUUAUCAGCAAUAUGUGGACUUCCAUAUGUGAUAACUUGGAAGAAGUUUAAUCCAAAAUUUUUUGUUUGAUAUGAAUAUGAGCAGCUUUUGUUCAUUAUAUUCCACUUUACAUUUACUCUAUAGUUUAAUAAAAUCCAUUUAAAAUUAUUUGCUUCCAUUUGUAACUAUUUUACAGUUUGGUGUUGAGAUGAUUUUUAUCAUGUGUAUAGGAUUUUUUGAAGGUGAUGACAAGAAGGAAGCUGAUAAGCUAAGAUUUUUUCUAACUUUUUAUAGGCUAAUGUAAGAUUUGAAGUCAAGUUUAAGUUUGUUUAGCGAUAUUAACUAUGUAAUUAUCCUACCUUAAAUACUGUAAUAAUUAUCAUAUAUCACUAAUUGUGCAACACUAUCAACACUAAACCCUUUUGAGGUUCGUUAUGGUUUUUGUGACCGACUGAGUCGGCCUUUUCAUAUUAAUAUACAUUAAAGCACUAAUAACUGUUGUAAUUUUAAUUUUUAACUCAAUAUGUUAACUCUUGUAGUUGUGCAAAUCAGAAAUUUGUGAUCCUUCGAGCAGCCUCGACAACAUUUAUAAACGUGAUUAUGUUGUAGACUUACUGAAAGUUCCAAUACAUCUUUAGUUUCUCUAGCCUGCACUGAUCUUUUAUGUUGUAAUAAGAAUUUAUCUAUAGAUUUUAAAGAAUAGACUUAAUAUCAAAAUGAAAUAAUAAAUACACACUGUGAACCAAAUCAUAGCAACUGCUACUGUGAAAUAGAGUAAUAUAAUUAUAAACAACACUGAUUGAAAAAAAGAAACAACUAUACAUUAUUUAAAUAGAGGCAAAAGAAAAUUUUAAUGUCUUUAUAUGUGUGAGAUAUUUCAGUGUCAAAAGCAAAAUAAAUAAAUAAAAUACAUAUUUAGCUAUGCAACA